AUGAAUAUCACUCACUUCUCAAAAAUUUAUAUGCAAGUGGAAACAAUUAGUUCAGAAGAUGUGUUAUAUCUUAAAGAUCAUCUUCUACUAUCGACCACUUUCCAAAGAUUCAUUAUUCACUUCAAAAACAAGGCGAUUGACUACGAAACUCUUGUUGGAAUAAUGGGGCCACCGCAUCGAAUCUAUGGAGAUAAUGAUCGUAUUAUCUGGUUUUUCCAAAUGGAAAAAAUGUCCCAGAAUUAUCCAAGAAUGACAUCGAGCCCAAUAACGUCAAUGGGAAUAUUUUAUAGUGAGCAAGCAUUGAAAUGUGAAUUAUACUUCGAUGAUCCCUGUGGAAAACAGAGUUUCGAAUAUAAGGAAACAAGGAACGAUCAUUUGAAAAUUUUCGUUGAAUACCCGGAAGAAAUAAUCAAUAAUCAAACAGGUCUUGUCAAUUCCCUUAAAAUCAAGUACAGUGGACUCGAAGAAAACUACACAAAGAACAAGUUGGACUCAGUCAUAAACCAGAUAUUCAAGUGUCUGGAAUCGAGAAAAGAACUUCUUCAAGUCAAAAGACUAUCGAUCGAUGCAGUUGAUAUGAGUCAGGCAAUGAGAGUCGUCAAGUUAUUGGAUCCAUCGGUUUUGAAGAAAGUCGAAUUUUGUUUUGAAAAUAGAGAUGAGGAUAUUGAUAUAGAGGAUGCUCUGGCAUUGGUAGAAUGGAAUGAAGGACAACGGAUGAAAUUGGUUUUCAAGUUGCACACAAUUCGUCCAGAAUAUUUGGAAUCGGUGAAAAAGUUUCUUCUACAUCUACCGACUUUCACUGAGAUCUUCGUUUAUUAUAAACAAUGUGUCCAUGAUUAUGCGAGUUUGAGAUCAAUUAUGGAUGUUCCAAUGCAACAUGAAACUCCCGACUCUAAGAUGAAAUUUUUCAUGUUCCGGUUGUCACAUAGCCUAUUGUUAACUGCUGGUUUAGUGAAAAUAACACUGAGCAACGAUGUAUCUGCAAUGGUUCUGGGGAAUCCAUUGAUUAUGAAACGUGUCAUUCAAUCGUUCAACUUUUGGAAUGUCCAACGCCUUCGUAAAACGUCUCGUGGAAUCAGAGACUGCGUUGACUUUCUCAAACCCGUUACCCAUAUUGCUGAGUAUCAUGUUUUUUUCUUAAGUGAUACUCAUCCAAGUGCAUAUAUUAAAAUUGGGUAUAGAAGAUCAAGAAGCUGGUUAUACGGGAAACACGAAACUUCUGAGGACAGAAAUUUGUUGUGUCAAAAGGCACAAGCUCAAGUUUUGAAUGACUUUGAGGUCAACUUGAGAAAUCAGAAUACGUGUUUAGAAGAGUUGAAAUUCACAUUCUCGUAUAUUGACACUCUUCGAAAGGAGGAAAAUCUGGAGCAAGAAGAAUUCGAGCGUCUCAAUCAACUUACCACUCAAUUUUGGGGGAAACUUAAAGAAAUUUUGUCAACAAGAAGUCAGUUACUAAAAGUGAAAUUGUUGGAAUUGUUAUGUUGUACCGACGACAAUGUCAUGCAAAUCCUCCCUUACCUUGAUCCGAGUUGCUUGAAAAAAAUUGAACUCAGUGAUCCGAUAACGAAAUAUGGAAUGCUCGGUUACUCCACGUUUAAGAGAAAGUAUCCAGAAUCCCUGUUGAAACCGUUUGUACUAGACGAGAUAUGUCAGUUGGAGCAGUGGAAGAGCGCGACAGAACUGAAGAUUCACUCACAGCCAAUAUCCACUUCAAUUCAAAAAAUGAAUAUCACUCACUUCUCAAAAAUUUAUAUGACAGUGGAAACAAUUAGUUCAGAAGAUGUGUUAUAUCUUAAAGAUCAUCUUCUACUAUCGACCACUUUCCAAAGAUUCAUUAUUCACUUCAAAAACAAGGCGAUUGACUACGAAACUCUUCAUGGACUAAUGGGGCCACCGCAUCGAAUCUAUGGAGAUAAUGAUCAUAUUAUCUGGUUUUUCCAAAUGGAAGUGAAUCAUCAAUUUUUGGAAGUCAGAUUGGAUAUGAGAUAUAUUGAGUUUCAGCUAACUUCCCACAUAGAAUAA